AUGUCUGGAACUCCAAAGCCCGCUGCUAAGAAGCCCACUAAGCCUGCUGAACAUCCCAAGUAUAUUGAUAUGAUAGUCGCAGCCAUUACUACCUUGAAAGAACGAAACGGUUCGUCGCGACAAGCCAUCCUAAAAUACAUCAAAGGGAAUUACAAGGUUGGCGAAGGUGCCGAUGUUCAUGUCAAACUGGCUCUCAAGAGAGGUGUAACUUCAGGAGCGCUUACCCAAACUAAAGGAUCAGGGGCUUCUGGAUCGUUCAAAGCCGCCAAACCCGUGGCAGAACCAAAGAAACCAGCAAAGAAACCGGCAAAGAAACCAACAAAACCUAAAACCGCCGCCAAAAAACCCGCUGCAAAACCCAAAAAGAGCACGAAGUCGCCGAAAAAGAAGGCCGCUGGUAAAAAGACCCAAACCAAAAAGGCCGGAGCUAAGAAACCAGCCGCGAAGAAAGGUUCACCAAAGAAAGUUGCAAAGAAACCCGCAGCCAAAAAGCCCGCCAAGAAGCCCAAAACCCCCACGAAAAAGGGGAAGAAGCCAGCGAAGAAAUGA